CCUGCGCCGGAUCAAGCGGGCCAGCGCGCCCAUCGAUGCCGGGCUGGGAGCCCGCUGCGGUGGCUCGAUCCUCAGACCGCCGUCGCGAUGCUGGCCAGGCUCCUGGGAGGCCAGAGCCUGGGGCCCGAGGACCCGGAGGGCGCGGAUGCCGGAGGGCUCCGAGGGCGCGCGGACUCCGAAGGUUUCCAGUCGUCCGUGUGCGACUCGCACGUCACCGGGUCGACGGCGAACAAGAAAUCCCUGGUCAACUCGGCCUUCACGGCGCCAACGGCAUAUAGGAGAACAGCGGUUCCUUCGUCCAUGGCACGAAGUUCAAGAAUUUCAAGUCCAUCAUGGAGCAAGGGCUGA